AGGUUGAGCAGGUUGUUCCCUGAAUGCCACUCUAUUGAGCCCUCCUCCUCCCUCCCUGCUCCUCUCUCCGGCCCGAAUGCUGAUUCACUCUCACACUUUGGCAGCACAGCGAAGAGAUUUUGUUGCCUGUGCACCUGUUCUCCUCUGACAUAGCUUAAGAAUAAGAGUUACACCACAGAAGGAAAUGGGACUGUAUUUAAAAACCACGGUAGGCCUCUUUCUGUUUGUCCAAGCCUUUUACUUGGCAUCGCUCCAAAAUUCAACCGACUCUCCGGGGCGGACAAUUGAUAAAAGCUGGCUCCGCGAACCAGCCAAAACUGCAUUUUCUGACAAUGACGCAAAGAGUGAGAGUACUGAAGGUAAUAUUUUGGAGAAAAGAAAUGAAUCCAUCAGUGGGAAAGCAUCUGGUUACGAGGCAAUGUUGACUGAGAUAGAGAACAAUCUGGCCAACCCUGGUAGAGAAAAUGAAACAUCUGAUGAUCUGACUGUUGUCACUACCACGGCAUCUACCACAUUUCCCACAAGAACCAAGCAACCUGAAUUGCCAGCCACCACUCUUUCUCCAAGUCCUGCUGCCACGGAUUCCUCUAACUCAAGCAAGAUCAACAUGACAGUAGCUGAGGAGGAAUUACAAAACGCCGAGAGUACUCCACAAAACUCCACAACUGAGCUGAGCAUACACAACUCCACCAGUGUUUCAGAUCACUCCAAUAACACGGAUUCACAGAAAACAACUUUGGCUCCAAAGAGCAACACUACUCAAGAAUCCACGACAAAACCCCACCAAACCACAGGGAUUAAUAGGUCUACAGAAUAUACCAGCACAACAACUGUACCAACCACAGUGAGGCAAAAGAUAAACCAGACAACCUCCUUGUCUCCAUCUACAACUGUGCUCCCAACUGAGACCACAGAAACGAGUCCAGCUACUACAACUGCCGCUGCUCCGACCACACCUGAGACGUCCAACAAGACAGACAACGCUGCUGCCUCAGGGAACAACUCAGAUAGAGGUUUAGUAACAGAUACCCAAGCAGUCAAAAGAAGUGGAGCCUGGGGAAUUGUACUGGGAACGGGUGUGGCUGUUGCCGUUGUGGGACUGGUGGCCUACAUCAUCCUGAAGAAGAAACAGCAGAAGGGUUUUUCUCACAGGAAACUGGUUGAGGAGUUUCCUUCAGACCCAGUUCUCAGAUUGGACAACAGCGAGGCUUUGGACUUGAACUUUGGAGUUGGUCGUUCUGCCUAUUACAACCCUGGACUCCAAGGGGACAACAUCCAAAUGAGCAACUUUCCAUGAUGUCACUGACACCAAAAAAGACUCCUAAGGACUACCUUGAAAAUAAGUUGGCCAAUUAUUGUAUAUUGGCAUUUGAUAGACAACAUUUUUAGUUGGAAUUUUAAGAAUAAGACUGAAAGUGAAUUGUAAAUAGAAAAAGGUUUUUGAAGGUCCGCUUUCAGCCAUUACAAAUGAGACUUCAUACCAUACAUACCAUACAUGUGUUGUUUUUUAAUUAGAGGGAUCACUGAUCGAUAUGACCCAACAGCCAAAAUUAAUAGCAGCCAUUUAUGUAUGUUGCCAAAUUAAGUUUUUCCUGAUGAACAAUAUACUUUGCAGUUAAUUAAGAAUGUUAAAAAUGUUUACUAUUUUUAAAAUAUUUUUUAACCAAAUAGAAUUUUGUACAUCUGUACAAGACAAAAACAUUAUCAUAUAAUCAGAUCAACUAAAGAGGAAAAACCCAAAAAGGACUGCUGAUGCAAAAUAUCUGGAGAACAAAAGUGCUGUUAGUCUGCAGCCUAAACAACAGAUGAUGCAGGCGGCCUGUUAAGGCAUUUGCAACACAGUCAAGCAGCCAUGGUGAACAAUACUAUUAUGUAUAUCAACAAUCAACUGCUCUGUGGCAUAAGGAUAGUAAGAAGUUACAUUUAAUACACAAUUUCAGAUCUUUCAUCACAGCAAGAGUCUGACAAUAAAACCAAAAACCAAAGAGCUGACAAACAGCUGGGGAGGUUGGGUGCUGUUUUGUUAUUCAUAGACUAAGGUUUUGAUAUUCUGGAAGGGAGUCAUGUAUUUGGUCUUAGCAUAUAUAGCAACAACUAUAUCAUCAUAAUAUACUGCUCGAAUCUACUGAACGGAUACUAAAUUAAAAAGAAAAUAAUUUCAACUUUGAGUGGACAACCUUUCGUCAGGAAACGCUUCUCUGUUUCGACUGAUAAAAUGUAGUUUGGCAAUUGAGGGAAGUAGGGAUGCACUACACUACUUUAAUGUAUCUAUCGCCUUUGUAAUAUAAAAUCUAACAAUAUAAUAGUUUAGUUCUAAAUGUUUAACUUAUCUAUGUUAUAAAAAAAUAAACUUCUAUAAAUGUUUAUGUGAAUAAAAUAUAUCUAGAAAAUAUUGCUUUCCGCUCCCUCAAUCCUUUCACUCAUCAUUACGUGAAUGAGCCUACACUCGAUCAAUAUGUGUCCUGAUUAUGAUUGAUAUGUGCCUCAUCCCGACCGAAGCAGCCAACAAUAACUCAGAGAUGUGCGAUGCUUUUUAGUGUGGUAAGCUGCUUCGGAGGCAGGCAUGGCAGGUCUGCUUCCUUCCUCGCACUAAUUUCUGACAUCAAUCAGAACAGGAAGCAUUUUGUCAGAUUGAGAGAGGAGUUCUGUGUUACACUGUUAAAGGAUCACAGCGAUUACUGCACAAACAAUGCAGUGCAGAUGAAUGAUGGGAUGCUUCUACAUAUGUUUCCACUGCUCGAAAAAUGUAACGGGAUAUGAUGGUGAUGCCUUAAUAAAUAACCAAACCCCCAAAUCA